GUGACCAGGCUUUGUCCUCGUUAAGUUGUGUACUGAGUAAAAUUAACUCUGUCCUCAGAAGUAAGUGGUUUUGCUCUUGGUCAGACUUUGUCAAUGUAAUGGUGCAAACCUUUGUUUCGUUUUUUUUCCUUUGUAAACGGAAGCUUUGAUUCUUAGUAUUUUUACUUCAGCACACUUUUUUGAUGCAACGCUGCAAAAGUGCCAUCCUGUCUCUACAUUUCUGAACCAACCUCAUCCAGCAGAUCUCCUCCUGACGUGCCACACUGGUCCAGCAGCUACUUCAAACUCUAUAGCCAGGAGCUUCGGGUGAUAUAUGAUUUGACAGAGAGGAGUUGCUUUGACCCGAGAGGUGGGCUGACUUUGGACCGGUCAAUUCUGCAGAGCCACAGAGGACAUGCUGUAAACGAGCCUGACAAGUGCCGGUGCAAAUAGGUUUUUGCAGCCUGUGCCUGAACCCACGAGUGUGCCAAGCCGUUAUCUCCUUGUGGCCCAGCGUGGCCCCACCCUGUCUGAAAGCUGCAGGUCCCAUCUUCUUCCACCAUGACGGUUGCUACCAGCGACCCGGCUGAUGAAGCAGCAGCACAUCCAGGUCAGUCUCAUGACCAGUACGACCCAGAGCCGGAUCACGAGUGCUGUGAGAGGGUCGUCAUCAACAUUUCAGGCUUGCGCUUUGAGACGCAGCUAAAGACGCUCUCCCAGUUUCCAGAGACGCUACUGGGUGAUCCAAAGAAAAGGAUGAGGUAUUUUGAUCCUCUCCGGAAUGAGUACUUUUUCGACCGGAAUCGACCAAGUUUUGAUGCAAUUCUGUAUUAUUACCAAUCUGGAGGGAGACUACGCCGGCCUGUUAACGUGACUCUGGACAUAUUUUCUGAGGAGAUCCGGUUUUAUGAACUCGGCGAGGAGGCUAUGGAAAUCUUCAGGGAAGAUGAAGGUUUUAUCAAGGAAGAGGAGCGGCCUCUGCCUGAGAAUGAGUUUCAGAGGCAAGUGUGGCUUCUGUUUGAGUACCCAGAGAGCUCAGGACCAGCUCGCAUCAUUGCCAUCAUCUCUGUCAUGGUGAUUCUCAUUUCUAUUGUCAGCUUCUGUCUGGAGACACUGCCAGUUUUCCGAAAUGAGGAUACGGAGAUGGUGGAACAUUUUAUAUCCCUGUACGGGUCCAACGCCACCACUACCUAUUACACCUCCACAUAUUUUGGAGAUCCCUUCUUCAUCGUAGAGACCCUCUGCAUCAUCUGGUUCUCCUUUGAGUUCCUGGUCAGAUUCUUUGCUUGUCCAAGCAAAGCUGGAUUUUUUGGCAACAUCAUGAACAUCAUUGAUAUUGUGGCAAUCAUCCCUUACUUUAUCACCCUGGGCACAGAGCUUGCAGAGCGGCCAGAGGACGGCAUGGGAGGGCAGCAAGCUAUGUCUUUGGCUAUUCUCCGGGUCAUUCGUCUAGUCAGGGUGUUUCGUAUCUUCAAACUGUCUCGCCACUCUAAGGGUCUCCAGAUAUUAGGACAGACACUGAAGGCCAGCAUGCGUGAGCUCGGCCUCCUCAUCUUCUUCCUGUUUAUCGGCGUUAUCCUCUUCUCUAGUGCAGUCUACUUCGCGGAAGCAGAUGAAGCAGACUCCCAGUUCAACAGCAUCCCAGAGGCCUUUUGGUGGGCAGUGGUUUCCAUGACCACUGUAGGCUACGGAGAUAUGGUCCCAACCACUAUUGGAGGAAAGAUCGUGGGGUCUCUCUGUGCAAUUGCUGGUGUGCUGACUAUCGCCCUGCCUGUACCUGUCAUUGUGUCUAACUUCAACUACUUCUAUCACAGAGAGACAGAGGGUGAGGAACAGGCACAGUAUCUGAACAUCCCAAGUGUGCCUAAAGCCAGCUCAGCCGAAGAUCUGAAGAAGAGCGGUCGAAGCGGCAGUGGAUCAACUCUCAGCAAGUCUGACUAUGUGGAGAUCCAAGAGGCUGUGAACCACAGUACUGAGGACUUCAGACCAGAGAGCAGGAAAACAGGAAACUGCACUCUGUCCAACACCAACUAUGUAAACAUCACUAAGAUGCGUACAGAUGUAUAAUGUGAGCUAAAGUUCACAGGUAGCUUCUGCCAGGAUCUACAGAAAGUGUAGCAGGAAGAUGGAGGUGUGACUUCCAGUACUGCCCAACGUAUGGUGCCCAGUAUGGGAGUACCAAGCAGAUGAAUGAGGUUAACAUGGAGAAAGAGUCAAUAGAGAGCGACCCAUGUUCUACAUCAUAUGGACCAAUCAGCGCAUAUCAGAAAACUGCCACCCAUCUUAUUUAGGACAUUGUUAGUGUCUGCAUGGCGUUAGUCUUACCUAUGUGACAGUAGUUAUCCUGCUUGCAACAGUAGCCAAAUAGUAGCCUAACCUGUAUUAAUGAAUACUAACAACAUAAAGGGACCACGAGUAUCAACUUUAUUGCUCAAACUGCUGUAGAGAAGAUGAACUAAACAAUAAUUUACAUCAGACACCCUUUCUUCUUUUUACAAGUAAAUUAACUUGUGUUUAACACAAGCCAUACUAUCAGCAUUCAAGAACAACUUUGAUCUGCUGCUCUAACUGCCAAGGUCCUGACUCAGAGGAAGACGCAAUUACUGAAAUCACAGCUGUUGUAUCAGGGCAACACUGAAUCAAGCAACAGGGAGAAAGAGCGCAAGAGAGUGAUACUAAUAUCUUCGUGGCCAAAUGGUCAUUUUGUUUGUGCUUUUUCUAUCAAAGAAAGUGCACUGGCAUCCAUCCCUUGGCUCUCACUAGACCUCGUCUAAAAGCUAGUGGCAUCUGUAGGGACCAACAGAAGACUGUGCUGUAAUUGUGGACCACAGUAGCACACCAAGUUCUUUUCCUGCCAUUUCUUCCUAAUGAAGCUCAAGUGGAUUUACAGUAUGUAUGUCACAUGUAGACACUUGCCAAGACUCUGCCUUUUCUUUGUCUCAAACCAAUGCAGACAGACAGGUGAAUAACAAAAGUGUUUCUAAAAAAUAGAGUAUCGUUUGUUUCUGAUGUAUUCAUUUGAUUUGUUAUUACAGAUUUGUUUGUAAUAUGGUUAUCAUAUGAUUAAUGUGGGUUUCUCACCUAUAUUUUUUAUAGUUUUAACACCUAAUGUAGAAAGUUAGAGAAUAUUUUUGUUGUAGUGUUUGGAGUGAGUGCCUAUUUCUUCAUGCUCUUAACUGUACCUUUAAGAGUGUCUUUAGCUACCGCCGACACAGACGUACAGUGUGAAGUGCUCAGUUUGACUCCACUGCCCAGCAAGAAAUGUUGCUGUUCUUGACUUCAUAGCAUUCCAUGUUUGUAGGAGUAGAUAAAAUGAGAUUAAGGGGCAAAUGGAUUACAUUUUAGUGAGUUUUUCAGAAGUUUGUUUCAAAACAGUUUAGGAAUUAAGGCAGCAAAGUUAACUAGCCUGAUGUGGAAUUCAAUAAGGCUUUCAAUUGUAUUACCCUAAAUCGUACAUUUUCAAAUAAAGAGCUCAAAUAUUAAAUAAAGUUAAUCUAUGAGACCUUUAAGGUUCAUCUAUUGUCAUACCAGCAAUGCCAGCGUUGUAGUAUUGAGCCUUACUGUUGAAGUGAUAAGAAGCAAAAUCAGCCUUGAAGUUUACUGUAACUUUGUUUAUGGCAUCUAGAAGGCCCAUUAGUAAUUAGCAUUACUGGUAAGCAUGACUAAUCAGACCGAAACUACUGCCACAUCAUUUUAGUCUUUCAUGCCUACAUUCCUCUUUAUUUCUCGCCUUGGCGAAUACAUCAGAAUUAGUCAACUUUGCCUGCCUCUGCAACACACUAAAACAAACAAAAAUGUGUUCCCAUUUUUUUUUUUUGCUGUGUGCUGCCACCUGGCACACUGCAUCCUGGGUUGUAAAAGAAUAUAUUUGUCUUAAUAGUUUUGGGUUUUUUUGUAUCCAUGCAAUUUUCAGCAAUCAUUCCAGUGGUCCAACGUGACGAUAUAAUAGAGGACCUAGCUUACAUGUCCUUUUUAUCAAAUAAAUGCUAUUCUGCUUUUGUAGAGCUGCAUGUCCUGUAAAGUAGUCACUGUAGCAUGCAUUAGUACGAAUAAUAUUUAAACAGCAAACUGACUUAAAUAUAUUCCUAUGUCUCUAGAGGUACUAGCCCUUGCGUCGCCAUCCAUGUGAAGUACUUAUGUGUCCACGAGGCGAUUUGUUGUCUCUAGUGUUGUGUAGAUUAAGGGAGUAAAAAGCAGCUUAAACAUGAGAGGGAACAGGUGAAGUCUGAGAGGUGUAGAAAACACAGUGUGGUGAGGUGAGACUUUCAAAUUGUACUGACUCCAGAUCAGGGAUUCCUAAACCUAAGAUCCACAGUUAAUAAAUAUUAACUAACAUCCUUCAGCUCUACAGACGUUACAGUCUUCUGCCGUCACAACCUGAGUAACUGUGUCACAUAAUCAAAGCACAACAACAGCUAAAAUCCGCUGCCAGUCCAAUGGAUGCACCAGAGAUUCAUAGUUGGUCAGUCAGAGUUUUUGCUCAGCCAAGUCUAUCAUAAUGCUCCGAGGAACUGUCUGGGUGGCCAAAACUCUGAUAUAUAGCUCCAUCACGCUGUGUGCGCAGUGUCGUCUGUGCAUGUGUGCGUGAGAGAGAGAGAAAGAGUGUGGGAUUGUGAGAAAAACGGAGAGCUUUUAGAUACACGCAGGCUGAGGGUGUAGCUUUCAGAGACAAUGUCAGCAGUUUUGUAAAACACUGCUCUUUUUGCAUCCAGAUCAGAAUGACAGUGGUGCUUAGUGAGUGUAUUCUAUCCCAUCUGAGCACGUUUACAGCCCGUGUACUGUACAACACAUGCAUAUAGUACAUGAAACAACAAAACUGAAAGUAAUGUGCUGCUGCACUCGCUAGAGAUGAGAUCUAUGAGCAUGUGUUGACUUUUGAGAUAAGGUGCAGCCUUAGCCGUGCGUGGCCUCUUACAGGGAAUUGAAGAGAGGAAAUACAUGGAAGGAGAGGAAAGGUCGGGAAGGAAAAUGGGAUAAUGAAAGUAAGAUAACACUGCCCACACCCUUGUGUGCUUUUUACUCUGAUGUGUACGUGUAUUUCUCUAAACUGCUCUUGUAUACUGGACCACCUUUGCCACUUUAAGCUUGACCUGGACUGCUGUCUUCUCUGCUUUUGCUACGAAGCACAUAAUUGAAGUGACACUCUGUCAAGAUUAAAAGCACUCUCUUGGAGGAGCCAACAGGACGGCACAUCAGGAUCUGACCAAGGAAACCACUUGAUUUCUGUGCUCUACAACACAAACAAGAGGACAUUUACACACACAUGCACACGCCGGGCAUUUGAACACAUACAGCCGGUGCACAUACUUGUGCACACACACUGCCUGUGAACGGGAACUUUUACUGACGUGUCAGGACAGACGUCUACCUGUGGCUUAUCAUUCUUCAAGGUCACAAUGGACUUAAACCUGCUGCUCCUGGGUUUACACACCUGUAGCCAUGUAAAUGUAUCAAAGACUUACAGCUGCUUUUAAUGAUGUCUUAAAAUGCCUAAAGCUUCAGCUUUAAAACAAGCUUCUGCCAUGUAUAGAUUCCUGUGUAGUAGGGAAUCGAGAUGUAUGCUUGCUGAAUCCAUGAAACUAAAGUUGUGCAAUAAGGGUAUUAUCUCUUAGCUUUGGUAAGCUCCAGGGACGACGAAUGGAAGUGUAUUAAGAAAUCAACAUAUAUAUAGAUAUACAGAUAGAUAGAUAUAUAUAUAACAUUUCUACGACAACUUUAACUUGUGUUAUCAGACACUGUAAAACUGAUCUGUUCGUUUUUUUUCACUUUGUUUUUAUAUUUGAAUGUCAGCAUUUGCUCGUCUUUGAGCUUCAUACAGUGCAGGGACUGAGGUUUGAUUAUAAUACACAUGCAGGCCUUGGUCAAAUAGAUUCUGUCAUUAUUGUCUUAAUACAUGUUUACCCCCAGACGCCCAUGUCCACUUAAUCUACUUUCUCUGCCUUCUUCAACUAUCUGCCAGUCACAUGUAUGUGUGGACGAAACUUCGAUAAUCCUCAGCCCCUUGACUGUAUUGCUGUCUCUACUUAUGGUGGUCAAUACUCAGCUAUCCGUUAAGUGAUUGUUUUCUCUGCCAUUGUAUGGAAAAAAAACUGAACCAAGAUGCAAACUGUACAUUGUUACACACAAAGGACAAAUUGAUCUGAAUGCCUGUCAUGCCCUUUACAUGGAUACAAACUGAUCAGUAGAGGAUAUUGUUAAAUAAUUGUAAAUUAUAAAAGUAUUAUGAACAAUAACAAUAAUAACAUCUUUAUGAUACCCUCAA